AUGCCAUCUAGAGAGUCCUACGAGGUUCACAAGGAAGAGAAGUCCCUGGUGCAAAAGGCCAAGCGAGAGGCCAAUCAGGAGGAUAUUCUGGCGGCAGCUCUAGUGAUGAGGAUGGGGCCACAGAAACCUCCAGCCACUUUCUGGCAGCCACUUAAACUAUUCGCCUAUUCACAGCUCACCUCACUGGUUCGCAGAGCCACACUGAAGGAGAACGAGCGGACACCCAAAUCUGAGAAAGUCCACAAUUUCAAGGUCCAUACCUUUCGAGGGCCUCACUGGUGUGAACACUGUGCCAGCUUCAUGUGGGGACUGAUGGCUCAGGGGGUCAAAUGUGCAGAUUGUGGUUUGAACGUCCACAAACAGUGUUCAUCUCUGGUGCCCAACGACUGCAAGCCUGACCUGAGACACAUCCGUAAGGUCUACAGCUGUGACCUCACGACCCUGGUGAGAGCUCAUGAUACAGCGCGACCGAUGGUGGUGGACAUGUGCAUACGAGAGAUCGAGUCAAGAGGACUGAAGUCUGAAGGCCUCUACAGAAUAUCUGGAUUUAGCGAUUCGUUGGAAGAAGUCAAGAUGGCGUUCGACAAAGAUGGCGAGAAGACAGACAUCUCAGUGAAUGCCUAUGAAGACAUCAAUAUCAUCGCGGGUGCACUAAAACUUUACCUCAGGGAUUUGCCUGUUCCCAUCAUCUCAUACGAUGCUUACCCUAGGUUCAUCGAGGCUGCAAAGCUCACAGACCCAGAGAAGAAGCUGGAAGCUUUCCGUGAGGCUCUUGCUUUGCUGCCACCAUCACACAGUGAAACUUUGAAGUACCUCAUGGCGCACUUAAAAAGGGUGACACAGAAUGAAAAAUUCAACCUGAUGAACGCGGAGAACCUCGCCAUUGUUUUCGGACCCACCCUCAUGCGUGCACCAAACCUGGACGCCAUAACAGCACUCAAUGACAUCCGCUACCAGAGACAGGUGGUGGAGGUGCUCAUUAAAAAUGAAGAGGCACUCUUUUAAACACUGAUCAGGACUUUUAUAGAAGAGCUAAUCAUUCUUUUGUGUAAAGACUUGAAUGACUGUGUGUAUUACAUUGAUUGAUACAUUUUUUUAAAUGCCCUGCGUAUGGACUAGUGCUGACCUAACAUCUGUCCUCCCCUGUUUCGGGUGUGGACGAUGAACUUUACACUUGUACGUACUCUAUGUCUCCCCAUUUUUGUCGGGGGAUUUUCAGAAGCUGACAGGCCAGCAUGCUUGGUGUAAGGUCUUUGUUGCUUUGUAGUAGUAACCCAGCAUGUGAUAAGAUCGUGUAGCGCUGUGAUUUGCUUUUGUCUGUUCUGUAGUAGUCAUAGUCUACAUUCCCAGCUGCCUGCUGUGCAGUUUUUUCUGUUUUCUAUAGCUGGAUGUAAAAAUAAGCUACUGAUAUUUCUGGGGUAAUUUCUAUGAUGCUGUAUUUUUUUUACAUCCUCCCUUAGCUUGAAGUAGUUAAAUUAGCCUUUCCUGUUAAUGUGUCUACACUGGUGCAUUUG